GAGAGUGAGCAAGUGAGGCAGGCUCUAGUCCAGUUCAUGGACAGAAUUUCGCUCGGGAAGAUCCCGAACGAUAAGAAUUUCGGGUGGAAUCUCAGCUCAGAUCCCUGCACAGCCAAAUGGAAAGGGAUCAGCUGUGAUAAAGGGUCACAGUUUGUGAAGAAGAUAGUUCUUGAUCACUUAAAUCUAAGUGGAGUUUUGGAUGCUGCUUCUGUUUGUGCAGCACAGGCUCUCGGGGUUCUAAGCCUCAAUCGAAACUCUGUGAUUGGGACUUUACCAGAGGAUAUAUCCAAGUGUGGGAGCCUCACACACUUGUAUCUUCGCGAGAAUAACUUCACGGGCAGUGUUCCUGUCUCCAUUUCGCGGUUAAUCAACCUCAAAAGGCUCGUGAUAUCGAACAAUUCCUUCUCGGGUGAGCUGCCUGCAGACCUGUCAAGCAUCUCGGGUCUGCUAACUUUUGAGGCGGAGAACAAUCGUCUCAGAGGGCACAUCCCGCGAUUUGCCUUUUCCAAUCUCGGGGAGUUUAAUGUCUCUAAUAACAAUUUCAGUGGCCCGAUUCCUCGAAUGAAUGGCAAUGUGAGUGGAAAUAGUUUUUUAGGCAACCCGGGGCUAUGUGGAGAGCUGAUUUCCAAGCCAUGCCCUUCUUCUCCUCCCCCGCCUUCGCCUCCUCCUUUGCAGCCUAAAACGAAAGGUCUGUCGUUUUUUGCAUACUUAGGCUACGCUGCUCUAGGCCUAAUUCUGGUGCUGUUACUAGUAUUCGGCUUGAUCAAACGAUUCAAGCGAAAGAAGAGACAGAAAGGCGGAGGAAAUGCCGGGAAGAGGGCUAUUGGCACACCAAGAGAGCACAAGGCGAGAGGGGCAAAGUCAGAGUACUCGAUCACAUCUGUCGAGAGUGGGAUGGUUUCCUCGUCGUUUGAGAUUCUCUCGAGCCCUCUAGUCGUUGGAGGGUUGAGGUUCGAGGACUUGCUUCAGGCCCCGGCCGAAAUGUUGGGGAAAGGGAAACAUGGGAGUGCUUACAAGGUGAUGAUUCUUGACAAAGGAGUAAACCUUGUGGUGAAGAGGAUAAGAGGUUGGGACAUUCUUAAAGAGGAUUUUCAGAAGAGGAUGCAGAGGAUCAAUCAAAUGAACCAUCCAAAUGUUUUGAGACUUGUGGCAUAUUAUUGCUCCAGGCAAGAGAAGCUUCUGGCUUAUGAAUAUCUGCCCAAUGGCAGCCUCCUCAACCUUCUCCAUGAUGCCAAAAUCGGGUGGGGAAGUCGGUUAGGCAUUGCAGCAACUGUGGCCGGGGGACUAGCCUUCAUGCAUGAAGGGCUUCUUGGGGACAAAAUAGCACAUGGAAACCUAAAAUCCUCAAACAUUUUGAUGAACAAAGACAUGGAGGCAUGCAUUAGUGAGUACGGCCUAAUGCCCGUCGACAACCAGCCCGAUAGCAUCAGAGCAGAAGAAGACGCGUAUGCGCCUUUCAAGAGCGAUGUGUAUAGUUUCGGGGUCGUUCUGCUGGAGCUGCUAACCGGGAAGCCGGUGCAGACCAGAGGGGUUGAUUUGGCUAAGUGGGUGAAUUCAGUGGUGAGGGAAGAGUGGACAGGUGAAGUGUUUGAUAAGGCCUUAGUCUCAGAAGGUGCCAGUGAAGAAAGAAUGGUGAGUAUGUUACAAUUGGCAUUGAAAUGCACAAAUUUAUCACCACAACAAAGGCCAAACAUGACCCAGAUUGCUCACAUGAUCAACUCCAUAAAAGAUGAUGAAGACAAUUCACCUUCCACAUGA